AACAAAUACUACAAGUCCCACAAAGCGAUAGUGUGGCCUCUGAUUGGAGGCGAUUGUAGCCAAUCAAAGCGCUCAGCAGUACUGAUGCGAUAAGAGCAUCUUCCAUCAUGGCGGUGGUAUUCAAGGGAGUUCCAUUCAACCUGCUGUUUGCAUCCAUAUUGUUAAUUCUGCUGCUAUGUCUUCAGUCUGGAGGAGGUCAGAAGAAAAAAGAGAACAUGCUGGCAGAGAAGGUGGAGCAAAUGAUGGAGUGGAGUUCCCGGCGUUCCGUGAUCCGUAUGAACGGGGAUAAGUUCCGGCGGUUUGUCAAGGCUCCACCCCGGAACUAUUCCGUCAUUGUGAUGUUCACCGCACUACAACCCCAGAGACAAUGUUCUGUCUGCAGUUCCAUCCCCUCUCUUCCCCUCUUAUGCUUUCUGCUCAUUUUCUCAUAUGUUCUGCCUUUUCUUCCUCUUCUCUCUCCUCUCCUCCAGCUGAACAUGAACUCUGCCCCCACCUUCAUGCAUUUCCCAGCCAAAGGGAAGCCGAAGAGAGCAGACACCUUUGACCUUCAGCGGAUUGGCUUUGCCUCUGAGCAACUGGCCAAGUGGAUCGCAGAUCGUACUGAUGUGCAGAUUCGUGUCUUCCGGCCACCCAACUAUUCGGGUACAAUCGCUCUGGCUCUGCUGGUGUCUCUUGUCGGUGGGCUCCUCUAUCUGCGCAGAAACAACUUGGAGUUCAUCUACAACAAGACUGGCUGGGCCAUGGCCGCACUGUGCGUGGUGUUUGCCAUGACUUCAGGUCAGAUGUGGAAUCAUAUUCGUGGUCCUCCAUAUGCCCACAAGAACCCUCAAAAUGGUCAGGUGAGUUAUAUCCACGGCAGCAGUCAAGCACAGUUUGUGGCUGAAUCUCACAUUAUUCUUCUGUUGAAUGCAGCCAUCACCAUGGGAAUGGUCCUUCUGAAUGAAGCCGCCACCUCUAAGGGAGACGUGGGCAAACGAAGGAUUAUCUGUCUUGUUGGACUUGGUUUAGUGGUGUUCUUCUUUAGCUUUCUUCUGUCCAUCUUCAGAUCAAAAUAUCAUGGUUAUCCUUACAGCUUCCUGAUUAAAUAAGAUCAUGUCGUGGAAGAAAUAAGCUGCCAUUCUUCUGGGGCUUUGUGUAUGAAUUCAGUUUGACUGUAACGCACUGCAUGUGUGACCUAAGAUAAAUAAACUAAACUAUU